UGACAGCUUCUUCAGCAAGCUUCUCCUUAUGGAAAGUCUAAACCCUUUCUCUGUUUCUCUUAGAGUAAAAAAUUUCCCAGGUACCUGUAAUUCUGCUCGUUCUUCUUCAUUGUGACAUGGUCCGAAGAGAAAUAUGAGACAUUCAUUGGUUCAGAAACCAGUGGACAAGUCGGUCAGAAACUUCAGCACUCGGUUCUCUUUGCCAUCCUUUAUAAAGCGCGUUAAAAAGUUGACCGAUAGUCAGAAGGAUGCUAUAAGUAGGACUGGAUUUGGCAAUUUGCUCCUCAUUCCAGAUCAAAUGCUUUCUAAAAACCUUUUAGUUGAACUGAUGGAAAGAUGGAAUUAUGAGAAGCGUGCUUUUGUACUUUCUCCGGGUGAAUUAACCGUAUCUCUCUUGGAUGUUGCAUUGAUUUUGGGAUUACGAGUCACAGGAAGUCCUGUAGUUCUACGAGAAGAUACACCUUUCUUGGAUCUAGAAAGAGAAUAUGGUGUUGCCCUGUGGAAUAGAAAAAUCACUGUUGCAUCAUUAGAACAAAGACUUGAUUCUCUUGCUGAGACCAACAAUGAAGAUUUUGUGAGGACAUUCUUAUUAUUCACGUUUGGAACUUUUCUUUUCCCAAGUACGAGUGGUAAAAUUGAUUCCCGGUACCUUUAUCUUCUCGAAAACCUUGAUACAGUGAGUAAAUUUGCAUGGGGAGCAGCUGUUCUUGCAGAUGUAUUUCACUGGUUGUACAAGAGAAGGAAGGAAAAAGUGCAAUAUGUUGGAGGUUGUCUUAUUUUUCUUCAAGUAUGGUGUUUUGAACACAUUGACAUUGCUCGUCCAAGUUUAACGGACUGCUGCUCUAAGUUCCCACGUGUGUGCAACUGGGGAAGUAGUAAAUCUCAUCAGAGGCACUGGUUCAUUAGCAAAUUCAAAGAACUAGAGGCUAAUCAGAUAAUUUGGAGCCUUGAACUGACUUCCGAUGAGUCAAAUACUGACAUAAUCAAAGAGUUGAUAGAGGCAGAAAAGAGAAAAACAUGGCCUGACAUGAACCAACAAUCUUCACUAGCUACUUGCUCUCGUACUGACCGUACAGUGAAAAAUGGAUAUCAACCAAUGGUUCAUUUGGUUGUUGACCUGGAAACUGAAUCAGAGAGUGAAAGUAGCAGAGUGGCAUAUGGAAUUCAAAGUUUUUCUUCUGAUCCAUCUGAUAAAUUUAGUUUGCAUGAAACUGUAUCAAGAUCUUCUGCAUGCCACUAUGCGGGGAAAGAAAAAGAACGUACAGAGUUUUCACAGUCUUCAGGAGCAGAUAUCCCUAUAGUUAUCAGCAGUGAUGACGAUUUGGAGGAUGAUCUGAAGAAGAAAAACCAGACUCUGGAAAAGCAAAUACUUCAACUAAAGAACAAAAAUGGUGAUCUGAUGCGAGAGAAUGAAAUCCUGAAAUACCAACUCUCCUCGACCCUAAAGUUUAAAGAGCAGAACGUGAAACUACAGGAAGAAAAUGAAAAUCUGCAACAGGAGAACGUGAAACUACAGGAAGAAAAUGGAAGUCUGCGACAGGAGAAUCAAGCACUGAGCUUAUCAACCAAUACUCUGGUGAGUCGAUUAGACAACCUUGUGUUUGAUGGGAUCAAGGAGGAGUGUCAGUAAUAUGAGAUGUUUCUUUUGUUUGUUGAAAUGUGAAUGAAUGAAGUCAAAGUUUCAGCAGAACUUUAUUCUUUGCAAUUCUUAAAACUAACAGUGGUAUCAUGGAAUGAACAAAAAUCUUGUUGGCUAGUC